GCACAUUUGUCUGAAUGUGUGCCAGAGAAGCCAAAGAGGUCGGCUCUGAAUCAGCUGACCAGGACACUGCUGAGGAACUACGACUGCGGAGUUCGGCCUGUUCACAACUGGACCAGUGCUACAACCAUUUCCAUCAACCUCAUACUACAGUCUGUCCUGGAUGUGGAUGCAAAGACGCAGAGUAUUACACUCAGUAUUUGGUACAGACAGAUCUGGACUGAUGAGUUCCUGGUUUGGGAUCCGGAAGAGUUUGAUGGCAUCACUGAGAUCUCUCUGUCAUCUGAUGCCAUCUGGAUUCCUGAUGUUAUUGUCACAGAACUUGUGGAUGAGGGAAAGUCUCCUCCAAUCCCUUAUGUUUACGUCAACUCUUCUGGCUCAGUGAGGAACUACAGGCCCAUGCAGGUGGUUCUGGCCUGCAGCCUGGAGAUGUACGCUUUCCCCUUCGACAAGCAGAACUGCAGCCUCACCUUCCGCAGUUGGCUUCACUCAGUGAAUGAGAUCGACCUUUCUCUGUGGAGGAGUUCUGCGGACAUUGCUGAUGACAAGAGAGAGUUCAUGUACGACGGAGGAUGGGAGCUGCUGUCCAUUCUUUCACACUAUUGGAAAAGUCACCAGGAUGACACUGACUACGCACACAUCCAGUUCAAUGUUUUGAUCCGCCGGCGCCCCCUGCUGUAUGUGGUGGGACUCCUCAUUCCCAGUAUCUUCUUGAUGUUGGUGGACGUGAUCAGCUUUUAUCUUCCUCUGAACAGCAGAAUCCGCAUAGUCUUCAAGGUUAGCAUUCUGCUGGGCUACACCGUCUUCAGGGUCAACAUGACGGACGAACUGCCCUCCUCGGCCCUCAGAACCCCUCUCAUAGGUGUGUUCUUUGUGGUGUGCAUGGCUAUGUUGAUGCUCAGCCUCAUUAAAUCCAUUCUGGUGGUCAAGCUGCUGCACCACAGCCAGAAGGAGGUCAAAGAAAUGUCGCUGUCGGCCUGUCUGCUGGACAAGUACGGCUCCAGUACGGCUCCAAGCUUCACUGAGAGCGCUGUCACCUCCACCAAAACCCUGGAACACAUCAACAUGGACGAAGAUUAUGAGCUGGAGUCGUCACCAGAGGGCGAGUUCCUGUCCCUGACUGAGAUACAGAACUGUUCCUCGGGACCUGAGUGGCUCCUGCAGGAGCUGAUUUGCCUUCGCUCAGCUUUGUCCCAGGAGGACAUUGAAGCCUCGGCUCAGGCCGACUGGCUGGCCCUGUGCUCAAAGCUGGACUGUCUGCUUUUCCGUUUCUACCUGUUGGUUCUGGUUCUGUACGCUGGUACUCUGCUGCUGCUGUGGACAAGCUGGAGCUUCGCAUAAAACAAGGCCAACCCACAGACUUUUUUUUUUUAAAGAUUUAAUGUCGUUAACUGCUUGAAGUUAUUUCAUAGGCUAAAAAAAUAAUGUUGCAAAAACACUCGUUAUACACAUUAUAUGGUUGUAGGUAUAUCAAGUUUUGGUGCAACCCAUUUAAAGUAGCGGCGUGUAGAAAUUUAGGACGUCUAGUGGUAAGUUUUCAAUUUGCUACUAAGUUAAUACCCCACAUUUGUCACUAACAUUUGAUGAUGAUUUGAUUGCCUUUAAUCCACUUUUUAGCCAAAGAUUAUAGCUAACAUAAAGCUAGCAUUUAGCCAUCUUGGCAGUAUUUUGCUCAAUUUUUUUGGGCUAACAUUAUCUUUUGGCUAACACUAAUUGGCAAAUCUUUUAGAUAAACUAUUGUAAACUAAAUUUGAGUUCAAAAUUAGAGUUUCAAAAUUGCAAACAAUAAAGUGUUAAUUUGUUGUCUAAAAUUUGUAUUUUUUGUAGCUUUUAAUGGUUAAACUCUUUUUGCAACCUUAACAUUAUCUAUUAUCUGUGGCUAAAAUGUAGAUAAUAUUUCACUUUUGAUACUUUGACAAAUUGUUACCUUUUUUUAGUUGUUUAAUUUUUUAAAAUGUAUUUUUAUUUAUUUAUUUAUUUUUUACCAAAUUCAGUUUUUUGCAUUUUUAACAUCUUACUUUUAUCUUUUAGAUAAAAACAUGUUCUAUGUAAAAAGAACAAAUUGUCCCGAGCUGCUUGCGUCUAUCCUGAACUGUACGGAAAAUCUUCAUUAAAACUGUAAAUGCAAAAACAUUUAGUUGCAUUUUUGCCUGUGAAUGUAACAGUUUCACAGGGACUUUAGUGGCUGAGUCUGUAAUGAUGUUUUCCUGUAAGUGGAGAUGAACUCAGAGAUUGUGGUUUAAUAAAGCAGCUCCCUGUAGAGAGAAGCCUCGGUGCCAGUUGGAUCAGUGUGAUGUGAUAAUACUGUAUUUGUGCUUUAAUCACUGCCCUUCUGCCACUAAACUCAUCAGUGCCGUUCAUUCAGAGCUCGGCUGCAGCUUCUCUGCUCCCUGUGGGUCCAAACACUCGUGAUAAGAAUAUCUGAAGUGCGUCACAGCCGAUACAACGGCAGGAAAAAUCCAUACUAACGCCAUUCCCACAGUAACUGAAAUCCUCCGCUUCAUCCACUGUAUCUAGUUACAUGAUGUUACGCCACACAGACGGAGAUAAGUGCCCUCACCACUUUCUUAUGUCAAGACUUUGGAAAAAAGGACACUCGUAAAUGCUUCCUUUCAGGGAGCUGUGUGUUGGUAGAAAUACAUUGAAAUGCUGUAAAUGGUUAAAAGAGUUAAACGUAA